AUGCCUCCCGUCACGAGACCUAGGCCAGUCUUACGUUGGGCGGAAGGCCUGCCCAAGAAUGAGGAAUAUUACUGGGAUGAGGCUGUUCCCACCGAGGAACUGCAAGCAGGUGUUGAUUCCCCUCCCCAUGACAUGAAUCUUUCCGAUGCUUGGACCGCCAAAAUAGUGGAGGCGCGACACAUCUCUGGAACCCAACGACAUGAAUACAGGCCCCAGGUCUUCGCGAGCAAAGCCCUGCACCAGAAUUACAUCAUGAAAGGCCAAGCAGCGAAAAUGGACGUGAAAGACAAUGGAGGAACCAAGUGGUACUACAAGGUUGUGUUCGGAAUUUGGCAGAUGCAUGGAGAUGAAGGGGAAGAACGCGACUACCCUCGAGAUGUUAGCAUUCACACCAAUGCCACGAAGCACAACAACCACAAUCUCCACCAAGGAUACCUCUGCUUUGUUCAGAACUCCAAGUACAACUUCGAGAAAGCUAAGAAAGUCGCUGCGAAGAAGGCAGAUUCUUUGAAGAAGACUGAGGACACUUUGCCAGAGACCAAGAAACGGACGGCAUCGCCGUCGGACGCUAACACGAAACGACUCAAGAAUGACGGAGCCUCGACACACAAGACGAGGUCUGGGUCAGGAAAUACUACAGGCGAAGCUGAAUUCUUGAGAAAGGCCUCCGAGAGGCCGGAGGAAAAGAAGCCUGAAACCCCGAGCGGAGAUGUGAUGAUCAAGAAGGAACCGACUUUCAAGCCGUUCGUCUUCGAGGAUUCGGAUUCAGAAAAGGAAGUCAAGGAUGGAGGAGAUGCCUGCGAUGAUUGCUCGGGUAUGAGGAAGGAGAUGGCAGAAUUGAAGGGUACUCUCGCAAGAACGGAAGGAAAGCUGAUGGCACUGUCAACGGUGACGGAAAGGAUCCAUGGAAUGGUUACUCCACUCUUAGCUCAGCAUCGAAUCGCCACGAAACUUAUCAGGGGAGCUACCAAACUUACGCCUUUCCCCGACAAGAACAAUGAGCAAGUCAAGGAUAGACAGGAGGAUCUCGACAACAUCAAGGAUUACCAGGCCAACAACAAAGCAUUACUGGAUGGGAUUCUAAAGACAUUGAACGAAGCACAAGAUAAAUUCAACGACGAAUACCCAGAACUGGCAUCUUUGUUGUUCACUCACGUCCAGGACGGGAAGCCAAGCAAGGAAUUUGAGGCAUGGAAGGAAGAAAAUCAACAAUGA